AUGAGCAAUUGCUCACGUUUUUGGACAUUUUUGAAACUACUCCUGAUUUUGAGUUCUCUGCGGCUCGUGGAGGGAGAGAAAUUUGUCUUCGAAUUUGGCAAUGGAACUUCGGACACCGAUUUGUUAUCGAUUGAAAAUGACUGGGAACGAAACUUUGAUGGUUUGUUCACAUAUAGUGGAUACGGCGAUGAUUACUGCUCCUUUGACUUGAAACUGAGCCGGGAGAUAAGAUUUGCUGCUCAGAUGUACGACACCAUUUUCGCAUGCGCUUCCGGAUACAUAUACUUCGGACCACGGUAUCCCGACCCGUUUUUCCCGCACGCGACAUCUUCGGACUGGAACGAAAAGGCACGAAUGAUUCCUUUUAUGAACGAAGUGCGACUGGACAGUGACAGAGAUGAAGACAGAUACGACAACCAUUUGUUUUUCCGAGAGAUGAGCAGCGGAGAUCUGCAAAUAAUGGCGGGCAUCGUAACGGAGCACACUGAUCUCAAGAAGAGGUUUGAGCCAGACUGGGGGUUUGUUGUCACCUGGAAUGAACUUGAAGACAGUUGCAACUCAUACCGGUACCGCUAUGCUUACAGGGAUUACAGAGAGGCCUAUUAUGGGAAAAACAGUUUUCAGGCUGCUGUUGUGUGUGAUGGUGCCAAAACUGAUAAAAACUCAGAGGACGAUGAUUGCUACGUAAUGUAUGACUUCUACAGGACUGAAGUUGUCGAUAGGGAUGAAUGUAAUUGGGGCAUGUUUUGGUUUGAAGAAGGAAAGAGCUUCGCUCGAAGCGGUUUCAAAGACGGAAAGAAUAUUCUCUUGGAGCUUCCGCUCUCAGGAACAAUUGAAGUGCGAAACCUAUAUGCGAUCUCAAACAUCAAUGUCCCAGGAGUCUGGCUAUUCAAGAUCGGUCAGAACGACAGAGAUCCCGCGGUGGCCUCGGUGAACCCCUUUGACGUCGCCAACCUCUUGAUACGACAAGUGUGCCAUGGAGAAGUGUCGCCAAAAAGGAUCUCGAAUCGCGACAUUGGCAUCUUCGUGACAAUACCUUCUUGCAGCUUGCCGCCGCACCACAAAGCCGAGCUGAUUUUCAAAGGAACGUUUGAAAAGGUUAUGACCGCUCGGUAUGUGGGAGAUUUAGUCAUCGCGAGGUUUCCAACUGGAUGGAAAGUUAAUGAACAAAUCCAGGUGUUUCUGAGACUGGACGGCAAGACUCUACUGGGAUCCAAAACUCUGUUUCUCUACUCUCCCGUUCAAACUUUGAAUUCAAAUGGCGGUUUGAGAAUUUCUACGAGUGGAAGUGGCUCUUCGAUUUCUGUUAAACUGCAGAUUGACAGCUCGUUCAGCGAACACGCAACCUUGAAGAUCAUUCGGGCUACUGAAGCAGGAGAGAGUGGGUUUCAGCUUGAGACCCAGUCAAGUGUAUGGUCCUCGGGCUCUACUUCUAUGGACCAUACCAUAAACAGCGCUGGACUCUUCACUUUCUUCACACUGGUAUCCCAAAAUGGAGCUACUGUGUAUAAUUCACCCAUCGUCGCUGGGUCUUCCUCUCAAAGCUGUGCUGAAUGGGACCAGGAACAAUCAGCUCGAGAUGUUUCACGAUGUGUGGUGGAAGUGGGACGAUGGUACGGAUGCCCCCAGCGAACUUGGUCUUGGAUGCGUCUCGGAAACUGGACACACGCCGACUUCGCUCACGAGGAAGUGCGACUGGGUAUCUCUGGGUGGCAAUACGACAUCUGCUGCAACGAUCGGAACCCGUCAGUGCGAAACUACUUGGCUGCCAUAGGGUACUGCAGCAAUCUCACCUGCGAGUUCAACCCGGGCGCGAAUCUUUGCAUCCGAUCGCCUAAAGUGUCUUGCUAUGACGGAUCUUCUAGAGACCUCCUCUCGGUCUCAAACCAAUGCUGUUACAACUCAUCCGGAGACUUGAUUCUUCCAGGAGAAAGUGGAGCCGGAAGUCUGGACUACCAUGUCAACUCCAUUCCGAACAUGGCCAGUCAUUUGUGGUCAGAACUUGAUCCAUAUAAGAAAUGCUGUAUAUACACUAACGAUUGUGAUGUCUACUAUAAACACAGACCGACUGUCAUCGGUUCGUACUGGCCUCGAAACAUUCUGAUCGGCCGGGGAGAUCCGGACAUCCAAACUGUGGAUGGUCUAAGCUACCCCUUCAUGGGUCUGGGGGUUUUUACUAUGUUGAAGAGUGACCUCAAAGUGCCUACAAACUUUCAAGUCAGUACUCGACGGGUGGGAAACGGGACCGUUUUUUCGGGAUUUGUUAUCACUCACAAUGAUAAUAAACUAGAGUGCGCUAUUAAUGAAAAUGCGACAUUCGAAGCGGCCAUUAAUGGCGAGAACCUGACUUUUGGGGACUUUGUGAAGGAGUACACGUUGAGUAACAUAUCGGUGAAAGAAAGCGACGACUUGAAAACAUUCACCUUUGAGUUCGUUCAAACCGGUUUGGUAGUGAGGGUGGUGAUACUUCAGGAUUUCCUGAAUCUGAUGAUUUCAGUACCUCCGACUUUCAAGCACCACAUGAAUGGACUAAUGGGAUAUUAUGACGGAAAUACAACCAAUGACUUCACAGCUGCAAAUGGAACUGUGUAUGCGAACGACACCGACCACGCCACUUUGCACUAUGGGUUCGGGGAGUCUUACAGAGUGGCGAGGGACGAGUGGCUGUUCGCGUCACCGGAAAUAAUCGUAGUGGUGGAGGCGGAUAUCGCAAACGGAGAGCCAUUCACCCCAGUAUAUGAGGCCACGUUCGAAAGCGAAGAGCAACGACAAGCUGUCAUGGAGGCGUGCAAGAACGACACUGCUUGUAUUCUGGACGUGGCGCUGACAGGCAACAUGAGUUUCGCUGUCGUGUUCGCCGAACUGGAGUCGGAAAUUGAGGAGGCGUCGGAAGCGAGCGAGCUGUUCCGAGAGAGUGAGCCCGAAUGGGCGAAUUGGGAGGAGGAGGCGCUGGAGGAGUGGGAGAGGUCAGGCGGGAGGUCAAGUGGAGAGAAAAUAUCGGGCAAAAUGUCAGUGGUCAUCGUGGUCCUAGUUGCAACACUUUGGUCGGCCAUUCAUUGAACUAAUGAAACUGCAUGUCUACAUCGGAACUAAAUGAAUAAAACUCAUUAAUCGAAAUAGAAUUAAUUGAACUCAGAAUGAUUGAGUUAGACAGUUAUUUUGAACCUACUAUCGAGAAGCUUUUGUAGUCAUUUUUGGAUGAAAUUAGAAAGGAAACCAAAAUUAAUCAUUCGGUAUAAAUGAUUCCGAUAUC